GUAAAGGCUGCCGUGACAUUCUCUAGAACAGCAUCAGUAACCCACUUUGCAAAAGAACCGCUCAUGUCAGUAACGACUCUGCACGUGCAGCAGUGGCCCAUUGGUCCAAAGUUUGUUUUCGCCGUCCCGCCAACUUUGAGAGUUCGAAAGAGACGUCGUUGGAAACUUUGCUGCAUUCGUUGCCCCGGCCAAGGACCCGCCUCUUCCCAACCUCGGUGUCCCAGAGUUUGAAGUUGGGAAGCAAGCCGACCCCAGCGUGCGCCUCCCCCGGCAAGUGUUUCGCUGCCAAAUGCACGAAGGUGUCCGGUAUUGGCGAGAGCUCUUAGACAUCGACACCGUUGAGUUCGGCGCUGACGCCGAUGCGCAGCUCGUUCUCUCCAAUCACACGCCACCGACCAGCGACGCAGAGAGCGAUAAAGAUACCGACACCACGGUUCCUCCCUUCUCGGAUAUUCUGAAAACGAUCCGAUCAUUUCUGAUUGCCAGGCCGGGCGUAUGGCGCGUUUUGCUUUUCGGUUCCUGUUUGAAAGACCCGAACGUUGCUCGGGAUAUCGACAUUUCCAUAGAAUGUCGCUUCGCUCAAGAUCCCAGUGCAUUAGUGGAUUGGGCAGAGAGUUUGAGUGAUCAGGUUGGGAAGCCCGUUGAAGUUAUUGACUUGGCAGGCUCGUUUAACGACGACAUGCUCGCCAUCCGCCGGAACGGUCGGUACAUCGAACCGCAUGGAGGACUAUCGGACGACCCAGAUUUCAAAAACCACCAGGAGCUCAUGCUACGCGCUGCACGACGCAUGGGUGAGCUACGCGACCAGCUCCAUCGUUCGUGGACGGAGACUCUUUUCGCCCCACCGCUGAUUCACCCGGCCUGGCCAAGUGUCUCGAAAUGUUCUACCAGCAGUUUGAGAACUAUGCGGAACGCUUUUUGUUUAAGUAUAAGAAUCUUCCGCGGUCUAACGGGGGAGAAUCGCACAAAGCUAUCGUGAAUGCCUUCAGAGACGGUGGUGUCGCAUAUGUCAACAGCGGCGACGUGUUGUCGAUUCCUCCCAUGCCAAACGACACUUGGACUGCGCUCGACGACCUACGCCGUUUUCGUCAUUUUUCGCGGAAACAAUAUGUGGACUAUUACACGCCGGAACAGCUGUUCGCCAAGCUGCCCGGGCUUGACCAAAUAGUUCUGUGGACCAGAUCGGCCGUU